GCAGAAGAAAACACCGCUAGCUUCCUGCAAAACACAGCCCCUAAACAACAUUCAAAGCUUUUACAGCAUAAACCAAAUUUGGGCCGUUAAGUUUAACCCGGAUACCGCUUUCUCCUUCAAUGGGUCCGAGGAGAGGAGGAGAGUGAGACGUGUGACAGGAGCUGAAGAUGGAUGACACUCAGGAGCUGCCGACUAAGAAGGCCAAGCUCGACCUUGACCCGGCUCUGGAAAAAGACCCAAGAGCUGAAGACCGAAGUCCCAGUGAUGUGCUGGAUUCUUCACAACAGGAAGCGUCUUAUUCUGCUCUGUCUAAUGCUCUGGACUCAGGAGAGCAGGAGCAAACAGACAAUGAAGGCCCCACAACUCAAGCAUGCACUGACCCUAUAACCUCCUAUGGACACUCAGACUCAACAGGGACCAGUGAAUUCACACAGCAGGUUUAUCAGGGGAACAGCCCUUCCGUCACCUCGUUCGGCCCGGUCUCCUUCCCUCCUUUGGCUCAGUCGGGUCUGUACUCAUCCUUCUCACAGAGUGGACAGACAUAUGGACUCCCUCCUUUCGGAGCUUUGUGGCCGGGCGUCAAAUCAGAGGCAGCGCCCUCGGAGGCGCCCUCUACUGGUCAGCCCGGGUUUCUCAGCUUCAGCGCCGCAUACUGCCCCGCUCAGGCUGCGCCGCUACACUACUCCUACCCCAGCCAAGGCUCGAGUUUUACCACAUCCAGUGUUUACUCCAGUCUCCCCUCGGCCACUGCCCCCACCACCGUGUCCUCUACUGCUCCACAGGAGUUGAGCAGUUACAGCGCUCUGGGGCAGUUCCCUCAAUACUAUUCUCUGCCUCAGUCCUUCGUCCCUGCAGCUCUGUCGUCCUCCGACGAUCACUCCGCCUCCUCCGGCUUUAAAUCUGAGGAGGCUGCGGCUGCUGGACUGCCCCCUAGAGACUCCUCUCCUCCUGAGUCGCUCCCGGCUGCUGCAGCUCUGCCUACAGCGCCCCCAACAGGAGCGCGGGAGCAGGAUGACGUGAGCCGCAGGAACUCCAUGGGAAAAUCCAAAGGAAAAAACAAGAAGGCAGAGAGUCCACCUACCGAGACAGACCUGGAGCGCAUCUUUCUGUGGGAUCUGGACGAGACCAUCAUCAUUUUCCACUCGCUGCUCACAGGGUCCUACGCCCAGAAGUUUGGGAAGGACCCAGCCACAGUCCUGAACCUGGGUCUCCAAAUGGAAGAACUGAUAUUUGAGCUUGCAGAUACUCACCUUUUCUUCAACGACCUUGAGGAGUGUGAUCAGGUCCAUGUUGAAGAUGUAGCUUCAGAUGAUAAUGGACAAGAUCUCACCAACUAUAACUUUGUAGCAGACGGCUUUAGUGGCUCUGGUGGAGCAGGAGCAGGAGGGGCAAACAGUGGAGUGCAAGGAGGAGUGGAGUGGAUGAGGAAACUGGCCUUUAGGUACAGACGACUAAAAGAGAUCUACAACGGAUACAAGAACAAUGUGGGAGGUCUGUUGAGUCCGAUAAAGAGAGACCUGCUUCUGAGAUUGCAGACAGAGAUCGAAAAUGUGACAGAUGCUUGGCUCAGCACAGCACUAAAGUCUCUGCUGCUCAUACAGGGAAGGGGAAAGUGUCUAAACGUUCUGGUGACCACGACUCAGUUGGUUCCAGCUCUGGCCAAAGUUCUGCUGUAUGGACUGGGAGAGGUCUUCCCCAUCGAGAACAUCUACAGCGCCACCAAGAUAGGGAAGGAGAGCUGCUUCGAGAGAAUUGUGUCCAGGUUUGGGAAGAAGGUGACAUACGUCGUGAUCGGAGAUGGACGAGACGAAGAAUUCGCUGCAAAACAACACAACAUGCCGUUCUGGCGGAUCUCGACUCACGGGGACCUUGUGUCUCUACACCAGGCUCUAGAGCUGGACUUCUUAUAAAACAGACUUUUCUUUAAAUGAACCAUGAGUUGGACUAUUUUGUGGGUCGACCAUUGUUCGGAUUGUCGCUAACGGCAGCUAACCUCUUGAAGCUGGAACAGGCACUGACUUUAACCAAAAGGGAAGUUGAUUUGUUUUACUGUCCUCAUCUCUGCAGUUUUAAUCGUCCAUGUCGCUCCUUCCUGGAUUUCAAAUGGCACAAUAUCUCAAAUUUUACAGUAAUGUAAACAUUUUCUAUUGUAUUCAUCUCAACACAAGAAUCCUCUUGUCUCAAGGAAAAACUAAUUUUAAAAGGGACCUAUUAUAGCUGUUUUUCUAUCAACAUACCGGUAACUACUUAGUACUACUCCUCCAGACCCCGCCCCUUCACCCCCCUCACUCUCAGCCUUUAGUCCUCCAAAUCCCACUCCUCUAGCUCCUCACUCUCCCUAAUCAUUCAGGUACUGCCCAGUUUAACACCUCUAUUUGAAAUAUGGUUGUGGGCGGAGUUCCCACUUUAAGGUAAUUUCAACACUUUCUAUUUUACUCAUCUCUGUACAUGUCUCCUGUCUCAAGAAUGAACUGCAUCACUAUCCCAAAUUUACAAUAAUUUAAAAAAGGGACCUAUUAAGUCUGUCGAUCAUUGUCGUCACUUGUCACUCUUACUGCUACGCCCCUCCCUCAAGAAAUUUGUAUUUAAAGAUAAUUAGCUACACAUUUGACCUUUGACAUUUGUUUGACCUGAUUUAUGGUUAAUAUCUUUGUGCCAGUUUUUAUUUUUUCAUGUUGAUAGGUCCAGUAAUUACAAAGUCCAUUGUCUUCUUUGUUGGCACAAAUCAGUAGUUUAGUGUUAAAACAUGGGAGCAAUUUUGCAUUUGACAUUUUUACUCACAUGAGAAGCACAUUUUAGCAACAAGUUUGUGAAACUGGGAAAUCAUAUGGCUUCUUUCAUGAACCACGAGGACACCCUGAUUCUUAUGCGUCAUUUGUCACAAUAUUUUACAUGAGUUUGGUCAUUCACUUGUGGUCACUGGGGACAUUUUGAAAUGAGCUUUUUUCUAUUUUCUCUAAAAUGUACAGGUUAUAUGCGAAUCUGGUUGCAUAUUAUUAAAUUUGGGACAGCUGACAGGAUAAGAAAAUACUUUUAUAGAUUUUAUAUUAUGCAACGUAGACUCUGAGCUUUAAGCCAUGCUAGAAUGUUGUUACCACCUCAAAAACGGACCUGGAGUUGUGUUUUGUUUCAUUCACACAUGUUUUAGUAACACUUUAUUAUUAGUCUGUCUACAUUUCCAAAGCUCAAAAUGCUCUGUUCUACCUGGUGAUAUUAUGAAGUGGUAGUUUUCAAAUUAACAGCUCCUUUUACCUUUAGUUCAGUAGAGACUGGCAAUUCCAGGGCUCGAAUCAGCCAAAUGAUUCAGGUGAAGAUGUCUGGAGUUUUAAAACAGAGUAGAGUACCUCCUGUAUUACCAGAGUGUUCUCUCAAACAGAAAAAGAACUCUAUAAAUAUGCAGGGUUUGUUAAACAUGUGUUGAUGAAACAAAACACAACAGCAGGAAACAACAUUAGAACAUAGAUCAGAAAAUAGUGUAAUAUGGGCCCUUUAAACUAGUCCAAAAAAUGUGAGAUUUUUGAGCUUGCUCCAUAUUGUAGUGUUUUUUAAGAACAUAUUUUAUUAGUUACAGCAAUCUUCUAGUCACCUUAUUGAAUAUUUGAUUUUGAUUAAGAUUUAAAUCAUGAAAACAUUUUGUUUUAUUCUAAAAUGUGUGUUCAGUCAGUACAGUGUUAGAAUAGUAAAAGCUAGUUAAAUCUGUCAAGUGUUAGUUUCCCUUUCAUACUGUAGCAUUAUGAGCCUCUUUUCUUUUUUCAAUGUUAAACUCAAACAUUAACCUCAAUAUAAAUCCCAUUAAAAGCCCAGCAUUAUGAUAAAUUAUUUGUUUUAAAGAGGGCGUAUUAUGAAAAUUGACUGUUAUAACUUUGCCUAAACAUGCCUGAAGAGGUUUUAGAUGUCAUCUGUGCAUGUCUCAAUAAUUUUGUGAUCUCUCAAGGGCCCUAUUCUCUUUGGGUAUUUGGGAAUUAUUUUAACCAUUUAAAAAAAUAUAUAUUGCGCACAAGUAAAUACAGAGCAGUGGAUGGGGAUAGUGAGUAGGUAAAAACUGCAGGACAAUACGGGAUUACACAAACAUGCAGGAACCAAUCAAAUAUAACUCUGAAUAAGUUAAUGAUGAGGGAACACUACCCAGUUAGAAUCACAAUCACAUCAAAAUCAGUCACAUCGCAGUCACAUCACAAUCACAACAUCGCACUCACAUCACAAUCGCAUCACAGUCACAACAUCGCAAUUACAGUCACAUUGCAGUCACAUUGUAAGUUGAUUUUACAUAACACAUCCUCUUUAAGUAUUGGUCAAACUGAACAGUGGGUCUUGUGACAACCAUAAGUUAGUGAGUUAGGGAUGACCUUGUCUGAUACAUGUGUUUGUGGGUUGUGAUUUACACUAAAGGUUUGGUUUGGAUUUAGGGAGGUGGGUUUUUAACGUUAAUGCUAAAGUUAGUCAGGUGAGGUUAAUAUUUUGUGGUAUUUUCAGAUCUUGUAAAUCCAUUAUAAUAUUGUCUUUACAGAGGCACUACGUAACUUUUUUCUGAAGAGGGGUAUACCACCCACUUGUUUCCAUGGAUAUGAUGUUGCUUUGCCUGGUUUUUACCAUAGUAUGGUAUUAAACCAAUUAAUUACGUGAACUAAAGUAAUUACAGAUCAGCUAUGUGGAGAGGAGACUCGGCUUACAUAAGAAUACAUGCGUUUGUGAGUAAUAACACCAGGAUGAAAUGAAUGUGAUAGAUUUAAUGCCAUACGGUGGAAUAUCAUAGGCAGACAUAUCCACAAAGGCAAGCAGGUGGUUUACCCUCUAUCAGAAAAGUUUCGCAGGUCACCUUUAAGGUCUUAAUAUGUAGAUUGGCACAAACAUAGCACAACUAAACAAAAAUCAAUGAGAGAAGACUGAAAUCUGAACUGCUGAAAUGCAUGAGAUUCUUGGAUUAGUUUAGAAUGUUUGUAGAGGUCUAUAUUACAGGGACACAGGGAGGAGGCCAUCUGCCGCUUUUCCUUUGCAUUCUACACCCUUUAAACCAAACCAAACCAAACCAUUAUUUGUGUAAAUAUAUUUAGAGAUUUUGACUGAACAACUCUGAGCCAUGAAGGUCUCUGCCAUUUAAGCAGCUUUCUGAAUGUUCAAUUUUAAUCUUUUUAUUAUAUUUUAAUUUUGUUUGUUGUUUUGUGUGACAUUGUGUAUUUAAACUGUGCCUUACUCUAUGCAUAAUCUCAAAGGGAACUCUUCACGUAAACGUAUAUUAUUAUUAUAUACAAUAUUCAAAGUGUUAUGUUACUUUUUAAUGUGUUCAGAGUGUUUUUUAUUAUUAUUAUUAUUAUUUUGAUGGUUAAUGUCUGCACUGUUUGGAGAAGUAUAAAAAGUCACGCGUUUUUUUUUUUUUUUUUUUAAGGUCCUGUAUUACGCAAAAUAGACUCUUUUGAGCUUUAAGCCAUGUCCUAACGCACCUCAUCAAAAACAUACCUGGAGUUGUGUUUUGUUUCAUUCACACAUUUCACACAUGUUUGAGUAACACUUUAUUAUUAGUCUGUUUAUAUCUUUAAAAUGCUCUGUUCCACCUUACGAUGUCACAAAGAGGUAGUUUUCAAGUUAACAGCUCCUUUUACCUUUAGUUCAGUAGAGAUUGUCAAUUCCAGGUCUGAAAUCAUCCACAUGAUUCUAGUGAGGGUUUGUGGAGUUUAAAAACACAGUGGAGCAUUUCCAAUAUUACCACAUGACAUCACAAAGUGGAUGUGUUCUCUGUUUGAGAGAAGAACUUACUUAAAUAUGCAGGGUUUGUGUGUUAAACAUGUGUGAAUAAAACAAAACUCCAGGUCUGUAUGUGAUGGAAACACUAUAACAUAAUCAGAAAAUAUGUUUUAAGAGGUUUAUUAUAUUUCUUAGUCUAGACUUUUUUAAGAAUGGUUAAGAAAAUUGAUAAAAUUCUUGUUUCAUUGGCAGAUAAUUUAGCUCAAAGGUGCACUGUGUACAUUUUCUGAAGCAUCUGCCACUUGCUUGUUUCCAUGGAGAUGUUAUCUUUCUAGACUUACCAGGGAACUGCAAAGCAAUAUCUCUGGAUUUUUUAAACAGGCAUAUCCAUCUGCUCUUCAUUCCCUCGGUCACAUUUCGAGCCAGAACCAAACAUGAUCGUGAUUUAUUGCAGUGUGAGACAAAGGAGCUCAUUGGUCACCUCAUUUACAAACAAAAUCACAUUUCUCUCACCUGAGAUUAACUGUUUAGUGCUUCGCUCAUUGAUUUGACAGAAAUCUGACAUUUUUCAGUACCCUGUGAUAUUUUUUUCAUUACUUUUUUCCUCAUAAGCAGCCAUAUUUGUUUCGGUACAUACGGACCGUGUCCCUGAUUGGCUAAUCCACCUGUCAAUCAUGCCCAUCUGAAUUUGGGGAGAUUUGCCCCUGACCAGACUUACAUCUUCAUAAAGUGUUGGAGAAGUGUGUAUUGUGGAUAGCAGAAAAACAUUGCAGCAUUUGGCAUUAAUCUGUCACCGUACACACAAGAGGCCAAGUUACAGUUCAGAUCUGUGGAGAGGCAAGCCCAGUGAAAAGUGGCACAGUGUACCUUUUUGAAAAAAUAUAUUAUUUCAAUUUUAUUUUGCAUGUUUCAGACGCCUUUAAAUCUUAACUAUUCAAAACUUCUCAAAUGACAAAUCCAAAUCAAUGUCUAUUUAUUUUCACAAUCAUAAUCAUAAUCAUUUGUUCUUGUCAAAAUAGUUCAUUUACUGUCUAUGGCAAGCGGUAAGGGACAAUCACAUGGUACUUUGAAUGCACACUUCUAAUAUUUGUAAUUAUGAAGGGAAAGUAUUCGAAGGUUAUGGAACAUUUGGGAGACGUGGCUGUCAUUGUCCCAUUUGGCACCUUUAUAAUUUCACUUGUUUAGCUCUUAAAUGCGUUUAUGAUCUGUUCUGUCACUGUAGACACAAGUAUUGCUAAGCUUAAAUUAAUUCAUAUCAAAGUUUGACAAUGUCAGAGUUUAUUCUUCGAAAUAGAAACAAAAAUGAUUGUAUUUGACCAGAAUCAUCAAAGUUAUCUGCAAAUCAACUCUGCUCUGCUGUUUUCUAAUGUUUAUUAACAGAUUAAAUACAGACUUUGAGCAAGUAUAUAUCAGUAAAACUUUAUAUUCCAAAAGUCAAUUUGAUCAAACAAAUCUCAAAAAGUAGGUUUGUCUGAACUACGGUUACUAUAGCGACUGCAGUGCUCGCACAUAAGUCUCUGGGCACACUCAGUUUGAAAAAAACAGUGUCAAAUUGAGCAAUGACAGUGGCCUUAUUAAGCAUGUCACUUUUACUUUAGCGUGUAAUGUCAUUUGUUUUGCAGUGUUUUAAGUGCUAUAAACAUUAAGUCUUUUUUCUGAUGCCAAAUACUCUUAUUUUUACACAACUUCAUUUUUCAUUUUGUAUUUAAAUAUCUCAUUGGAAGGACCUUCGCUGGGGCCUGAAUGUCUCUGGUAAAACAAAUACAUGCCCAUAGUAACAGGAAGUUAAAGUAGCUUGUUGGGUUUUCCUGUGUAUCGCAGUUACAGUAUAAAUAAAUUUGAACAAGUUUCUG